UAGAAAGUAGACAACGAACAAGCGAUGCCUUUCGAUGUUGACUCUUCCAACAAAGUAGUAGUAAUAAAAUCUUAGUCGGAGUAGAAGUUAUGUUCUAGUACUCAAUUUAUAAAAAAAGUAAAAAUUGCAUUUUUAAUAUUGUGAAAUACAAUUUUUAGUAUAUUAGGAUUAAAUAACUUUCGAAAAUUCCUUUAAAUUAGUUGAAUAUAUGUAAAUUAAUCAAUUUAUAUUACAUUCUUUGAAUUAAAUCAGUUCAUACUUUACACGUAGUAAUGAAAAUACAUCGAAUAAUAUUUUUAUUCUUUAUAACGGUUUUUUCUGUUAGUGGACAAAAGAAUAAAAAAGAAGAUGAAAAGAAAGAUGAAGAAUUCAAAUGUCCUGAAGAACAAGGCAAUGGAAACUUUGCUGAUCCAGCCACAUGUAGAAGAUUUUAUCAAUGUGUAGAUGGAUAUCCUUAUUUAAACAGAUGUCCAUCAGGAUUGCAUUUUGAUGACAUAAGUAAAUUUUGUACAUUUAGAAGUGAAGCAAGGUGUGGACCUAUACCUACAACUCCUUCUCCAGUGACAGAGCCAUCAACAGAUACAGCUACUAAAUGUAAUCAAACUGAAUGUCAUUUACCUGAAUGCUUUUGUUCUCGUGAUGGAACGAUUAUUCCUGGACGACUUGAUCCAAAGGACGUUCCUCAAAUGAUUAUAAUGACUUUCGAUGGUGCAAUUAAUCACAAUAAUUUCGAUCAUUAUCAAAAAAUUUUCAAUGAUAAUAAUCGCUUAAAUCCUAAUAAAUGUCCUCUCAAAGGAACAUUUUUUAUUUCUCACGAAUAUUGUAACUAUAAUAUGGUACAAAGCCUUGCUCAUGAUGGUCAUGAAAUAGCAACUGAAACUAUAUCAUUACAAAAAGGUCUUGAAGACAAAGGUUAUGAAGAAUGGGUAGGCGAAAUGAUAGGAAUGAGAGAAAUCUUGAAACAUUUUGCUAAUAUCAGUAUGAAUGAAGUUAAUGGAAUGCGAGCUCCUUAUCUUAAACCUGGUCGUAAUGCACAAUAUCAAGUUAUGGAGGACUUUGGUUAUAUUUAUGACAGCAGCAUUGGUGUGGCUCCUUCAAAAGUACCCAUAUGGCCAUAUACUCUCGACUAUAAAAUUCCUCAUGACUGUAAAGUUGGUACUUGUCCAACAAAGUCAUUUCCAGGAAUUUGGGAACUACCUCUAAAUGCUCAUUAUGUAGAAAGUUACGAAGGAGGACAUUGUCCUUAUUUAGAUCAAUGUGUUCUUCAUAAUCAUAACCCAAAAGAAGUUUUCGAAUGGCUGAAAGAAGAUUUUAAUCGAUAUUAUUUAACGAAUCGUGCUCCAUAUAUGAUGCCUUUUCAUACUAAUUGGUUCCAAAUUAAAGAAUUAGAAAGAGGUCUAGCAAAAUUCUUAGAUUGGGCUGUAACAUUACAUGAUGUAUACUUUGUAACAGCUACACAAGCAUUAAGAUGGAUAACUGAUCCUACACCACUGAAAGCUUUGAAUACUUUUAGAGGCUGGGACUGUAAUAGAGUUGAAAAUGAUCCAGGUCCACCUUGCCUUAAUCCUAAUAAAUGUGCUCUUAGUUUUAAACCUCCUGAGUUGAAUUUUACGACAACGCGUUACCUGGAAACAUGCAUAGAAUGUCCUAACAAGUACCCUUGGAUAGGAGACGCAAAAGGGUCAGGUCUGAACAAUGAUAAUUAUAAUCCAGAAGUCAAGUAAAGCAACUUCUUUAAUUAAGUCGAUGUAUAUAAACAUCAAUAUUUAAUGUACCAUAUUAUAACAAUAUAAAUGAACUAGCGCAAUCUGAGAAUAUAUGUACACUCACUAAUAA